AUGGCUGGGUCGCAGAAGCCCUCUGUGUUGAUUAUUGGAGGUCUAGGCUUCGUCGGCCGCCAUCUCGCACUCUACAUCCACGAUAACAAACUUGCAUCCGAGGUUCGAAUAGUGGAUAAAUUGCUCCCUCAGCUGGCCUGGCUGGCUCCCGAGUUCAGCGAGGCAUGUUCGCAAGACAAAUUCGUGCAGGCUGAUGCAAGCCGUGAACAAUCCUUCCCUCGUAUUUUUGACCGGCCCAAUGGAGGGCAGUUUGACUACGUGAUUGAUUGCGGGGGUGAAACUCGGUUUUCCGAGUCUGAUGAUGUAUACCGCAUUCGUACCUAUGCGCCGUCCCUUGCGAUUGGGAAGGAAUGUGCCCGACGGGGAAUUCGCGUGCUUAUCCAAUGUUCCACCGCGACCGUAUACAAGCCUGACUCAAAACCACACAAAGAAACGGACAAGGCGAAACCUUCUUUUAAGAUCUCAAAAUGGAAGCUCACGCUAGAAGAGGACUUGAAGAAGAUUCCUGGCUUGAAUCUUUGCAUACUACGAUUUCCCCGAAUAUAUGGCGAAUACGAUACGGGAUUUUUAACACCUGCGAUCUGUCUUGGAAGGGUGCAUAAGGAGCUUGAGAAACCCAUGACCUUCCUAUAUUCCAAAGAUCAAGUUAUGAACACGGUAUAUGUGAAAGAUGCAGUGCGUGCUCUUUGGACUGCAGCAGAAUGGCGAGCCACCAAGGGCCCUGUUGCGAAUAAUGAAGAUCCUCCGUUCCCCAUCACAUUUAACAUUGUCGACCACAACAAUACGAAAAAGGGUGAUUUAGCCAAUGCCCUGACGAAAACAUUUGGCAUCGAAUGCGAAUUCCUGGGAACAUUGAUGACCCAAUUUGCCAAGCUCAACCAAGACGAGAUCGUUGACGAAAUGAACGAAGAGAGUCUGGAAACAUGGUCUGAUCUGCUCAAUGCAAAAGGCAUCGCACGGCCGGGGCCCAUUAGCCCGUUCUUGGAUAGGGAGCUACUCAGAGACGUGGAUCUUUCUGUUGACGGUUCUUUGUUUGAACAAACCACUGGCUUUACAUACCAAACUCCAACCCUACCCGAGAACUGGCUAGAAACAAUCAUCAGAAGUUACGACCGGAUGAAUUGGUGGCCCUGA